CUGGUAAGGAAGACUUCAAAAAACUUUCCAAGUCUUUGCGGUCCCUUUGUUCUUGACUUCCGCAGACAUAUCAUCUUUAAUGAAUAUAAUAAGAAUCAUGAAUUAGAAAGUCUUGGAGCAGUUGAUUCAUGCACCAAUUUUCUAAAAAAUGGGAAGAAGACUCCUUUUCUCUUUACUGUUCUUAACUCUCUUCUACCAAAUCAUAUCUUCCAUCCAUGCCACAUGUCUCAAUGAUCAAAGAUCAAAGCUGCUUCAAUUUAGGGAAGGUUUGAACUUCGAUUUCAUAUAUGCAAACAAACUUCAAAACUGGAAUGAAUCCACGGAUUGCUGCAGAUGGGAUGGAAUAAGAUGUGAUAGUGUUGGCCAUGUUAUCAGCCUGGAACUUCCGGAUCAAAUAACCUCCAUCCAAAAUGAGAAUUGGAAGUCACUUUUCAAUCUGGAGCAUCUUGAGUACCUCAAUCUGGCCUGGAGUGAUUUCCAUGAUGCAUUUCCAGUGGAGCUGCGUAAUCUCACCGGCCUAAAGUACCUGAACUUUUCGCAAUUCGGGUUCUUCUCAACUGAAGAGAGUACUACUUCCUGGUGCGACACUUUGUCAUUUCUGUCUAAGUUACAAGUGUUGAGUCUGAGUGGUGUUUCCCGUUUGGGUCCUAUUUGUUCUUCUCUUUUGAAUCUUACUUCACUUACUGUUCUACAACUCGAGGGCAACGAAUUUUCAGCCUCAGUUCCUGACUUCUUUGCAAACUUCUCCAGUUUAAUAAGCCUAGGCCUUGGAAGUAAUGAUUUUCAUGGAAAUUUUCCAGAACAGAUUUUUCAUAUGCCAACACUGGAGAUUAUUGAUUUGUCAUACAAUAACGAGCUCCAGGGGCGUUUGCCAGAAUUUCAGGCUUUUGGAUCUCUAAAAGAGAUAAUACUUAGUUCUACAAACUUUUCGGGUUCAGUACCAAACUCCAUAGUGAACCUAAGAGCAUUAUCCGUUUUAGACUUGUCAGCGUGCAAAUUCCAGGGGGCAAUCCCAAGCACAUUAGGGAACAUAUCCGAAUUGGUCUAUUUGGAUUUACGGUUUAAUAAAUUCAGUGGUUCUAUUCCUUCCUUCCAAAUGUCCCGAAAACUUGUACACAUUGACUUGUCCCUUAACGCUUUGACGGGUCCAAUACAUUCUGCUCAUUUUGAAGGUCUUCCUGACCUUCAAUCUAUUACCAUGGAGGACAAUUUCCUCUCCGGAAGGUUACCAUCAUAUUUUUUUGCUCUUCCAUCUUUGCAAAGUUUACAAAUUUCCAGUAAUCAAUUUGAAGGUCAGAUUGAUCAGGAGUCCCUGACCAUCAAUGCUUCCUCCUCUUUGCUCAUGGAACUCGAUCUUAGUAAUAAUCGUCUUGGAGGACAGAUUCCGAAUUUUUUUCUUCAUCUCCAGAAGAUUGUUGUCCUCAAACUUUCUUUUAAUUCCUUUACUGGAAAUCUAAGAGCAGAUAUGUUUAGUGGACUCAGAAGUCUUAAGACUCUCAGUCUUUCAUAUAAUGAUUUUCUGAUGGAUGCAACCUGCAAUAGUACUUCAACAUGCUUAUCCUCCCUUCCACAGCUCAAUGACCUAGAACUUGCUUCUUGCAACCUGAAAAUCUUCCCUGAAUUUCUGAAGAAUCAAACAUUACUGACUAAUUUAGACCUUUCACUAAACAAAAUUACUGGGGAGAUACCUAACUGGUUUUGGAACAUCAGAAAUGGCUCUUUUCAAAAUGUGAAUCUUUCUUUCAAUCACUUAGAAGGGUUUCAAAAGCCUUACAAUUUUUCCAGCAUUAGUGUGCUUGACUUACACGCUAAUCAGCUCAGUGGUGAGUUACCACUUCCAACGCCGAGUAUGGAGUACCUAGACUACUCGAAGAACAAUUUCAAUGUAUCCAUUCCUCCUAGAAUCGGUGAAUACCUUUUAGGUUGUGUUUACCUCUCUCUAUCAAACAACAACAUCUCAGGAAAAAUCUCAGAAUCCAUAUGCAACGUAGGUUCUCUGAAAUUUCUUGAUUUGUCCGAUAAUUCCUUGAGUGGAGGUAUACCAGGUUGUCUAUUUGCUAUGAUGGAGAAUCUCAUUGUGCUAAAUCUAGCUGGAAACAAUCUUCAAGGUCUCAUGCCGAACACAUUCAGUGAAAACUGUGUGUUAGGAACAUUAGACCUCAGCAAAAAUGCCUUGAAAGGAAAGCUUCCAAACACUUUGUCCAAUUGCUACUUAGAAGUUCUGAAUGUUGGCAACAACUACCUGGAGGACAAUUUUCCCUGCAAAUUGAUGGAGAACCGACCAGAUUUACACAUUCUUGUUUUGAGAUCCAACAGGUUCCAUGGCGAAAUCAAUUGCAAAUGGAACAAUAACGAGAGCAGUUGGCCGAGUCUUCAGAUCGUGGAUAUUGCUCGCAACAAUUUCAGUGGUUUUCUUCCAGCACAACUUUUCUUGAAUUGGAAAGGAAUGAUGAUUGAGGACAUUGGUGCUGAAGCAUCACAACCAUUGCAAUAUGAAGUCUCGGAUUUUGUAAUAUACCUGGAUUAUCGUCACUGGUCUUAUCAGAAUGUUGUGAAUCUAACCAUCAAAGGUGUGGAACUUGAGCUUGGUAGGAUUCUAACCAUUUAUACAGUAAUGGAUUUCUCAUGCAACAAUUUCCAGGGAGAAAUACCAGAUGCAAUUGGAGAACUAAGCGCGCUUUACCUUCUCAACUUGUCUCAUAAUUCCUUCACAGGCCCGGUUCCGGCAUCAAUGGGGAAAUUGGCUCAGCUUGGAUCCUUAGAUCUCUCGGUGAACCAAUUAACAGGGAAGAUUCCAAUAAAUUUGGAGAAUCUUACAUUCCUCGAAUUUCUGAACCUUUCAUACAACCAACUGGUUGGAAAAAUCCCAAGUGGAAAGCAAUUCCAAACUUUCACCGAGUCUUCAUUUAUGGGGAACAGGGGACUCUGUGGAUUUCCUCUGAACUUUAGCUGCACCAACGAUGGCUUAAUGAACAAUAACGGAUCAUCAUCAUCGACUCCGGUAAGUUUGAGUACAUCCAAGAAUCAUGAAAUUGAUUGGGCAUACGUAAGUGCUACCUUGGGAUUUAGUGUUGGACUUGGAAUAAUUUUCUUGCUGAAUCGUUUUGGUCCGGGAUGGUGGCAAAGGUUUGAUGCAAGCUUCUUUCACUUUAUCUUGAGAAUCCUAGGUCUAGAGGUUCAAGAAAGGUUGUAUGGGAAUCCGCUUUAGGAAUUGGUGAUCAUGUAAAGUUUGAUGAUGUAAACUAGUUUAUCAAAGCUCAUUUUGGCUGCCAUCAAAAGCUCAUUUUUGGAGAUUUGGUACUCUUCAAGUCUCGAAAUAAUUGUGGAGAGAAAAUAUCUUUUACUGACCGUUGAAAUAAAUUUCAAUAUAUUCGCUCAUACACUCAGUUUAGAGCUAACGGAGUGAAAUAUUGAGAAACAUUGGUCAUUAGGAUUCAAUAGCAAUCAAGCAAGUG